AUGUCUCCACCAUCCGGAAACCAAUCAGAAUCAGGUUUAGCUCGUUUAUUAGGUUCAGGGACUUCAGGGUUACUUGAACUACUCGUAUUUCACCCCGUUGAUACUGUAGCCAAACGGUUAAUGACAAACCCUACAAAAAUAUUUGUUACUGGUGCACCUUUAUCUCAAGGAUUUAGUAACCUCGACAAAGUUAUAUUUAAGGGCGAUUAUUCUUCUAGCAUUUUACGAAAAUAUACUUCAUUAUUUCCUGGUUUAGGGUAUGCUGGAGGAUAUAAGAUUCUUCAACGAAUUUACAAAUAUGGCGGGCAGCCUUAUGUAAAAGAUUAUCUUAAUAAGCAUCAUAGAGACCUUUUUUAUACAACUUUUGGCGAAAAAAGUGGUAAAACAAUAAUACAUGCAACAGCUGGAAGUAUAAUUGGUGUUGGCGAAGUAGCACUCCUUCCGUUAGAUGCUUUAAAAAUUAAACGUCAAACAAAUCCAGAAACUUUAAAGGGACGUAAUAUUUUUCAAAUUUUCUGGGAAGAACGUCAUCGCCUUUAUAGAGGUGGUCUUUGGACAGCAGCUCGUAAUGCACCUGGCAGCUUUGCAUUG